GUGAAUGAUUUCAUCGAACAGUUCAAGAAGGAGUCAGAGCAACUUGUGCGGGAAACUUUCCCCCAGAAGGUGUUGGAGAUUGAUGAACUCUUCAAACAAGUGAAAGCACAGAGUCCUCGUGAUCUGGAACAAGCAGUGAACAUUCCUUAUCCUGAGCCCCUGGAUGCUGUUGAUGAAAAUGACUCCUCAGAGCCAAAUCAGAAAAAGAGGAAAAUGGAGGUAGACACCAACAAUCACAGCUCCACCAUCACAGGUACCAGAGUGCUUGUUUUUCCUGGCGGAGCUGUGCCCUACAACAAAAAUGUUCACAGUUAUUGUGAGAAGACCAAACCUUUGAUGCGUGGGCUUAUGGAACAUGCAAACAUGGUAAGAAUGUGGAUCAAUUUUCUCAUACCUAAAAUUGAGGAUGGCAACAAUUUUGGUGUAUCAAUACAGGAAGAUGUUGUGGCAGAAGCAAGACAAGUGGAGAGUGAGGCAAGCAGCUACUUAGAUCAGGUCACACGCUACUAUCUUCAGAGGGCGCGGAUCAUUUCAAAGAUUGCAAAAUACCCACACAUUGAGGAUUACAGACAGUCUAUCAAGGAGUUCGAUGAAAGACAGAUGUUGAAUUUGCAGAAUGCAAUUCUUGAAAUGAGAAAUCAUUAUGCUUCCCUUCAUGACAUCAUCAUGAAAAAUAUUGACAAGAUCAAAGUUCCACGCUCUGCCAAUGCCCAUAACAUGUACUGAGCUUUCAAUCGAUGCUCAAUUUGUGUUCACUUCAGUCAAGACCAAGAGCAUGAGGAUGUUGAUGAAUAUACAGUUGAACAGAAUUGGAAUUAGUGGGAGAAAAUAACAAUGUACAUCUUCAGUGAUUUUCCUUCUCGACUAAGUCAUUGAAGGGGGGGAAUUGGGAAAGCAAGCUCCAGUGAAGAGGGAGAACCUGACUAUUUGUUACAGGUUCAAAACUGAACAUUACAAUUAGAAUAUGUAAGGAUAUAUAUAUGUGUGAGGCAUCGUGGUGAAAUCAGGCACUCGUCAAAAUAGGCUAAUACUUUUAAAAGAAUUAUUUUUUUUUACUUAAAACCUUUUUUGUCCAUUCAAAGAUACGUUUUAUGUGUGGAUUUAGUGGAAAAACGUCGAUUAAAGGCAAGAAAAA